CUUUGACAACUGCGGAGCGUCGCUCCCUCAACCCCGUUGUACAAACACGACGGCAGUACUACUUUCGUACUUGGAACCAAAGGCCAAUACCAUCAUCAGCCGUCAGCCCCUUCGCACCUCCCACACUCUCGAAAGCCCUUGCAACAAAAGCCAUGUCGGUGGUGCACGAGCAGACCGUCUACGUGCUCGCGCACUACGACCACGCGGCCGGCGCGGCAACCAUCUGCGGCGUGUUCAUGGAGCUGCAGGAUGCCAACGCCGAGUGCCUGCAGCUGGCGCGGCGCGCGGGCAUCACGCUCACCAACGAGUCGUCGACGACGGGGCCCGACGGCAUGCACCUGUCGCCGGUCGAGCCGGUGCGCUGGGACGCGCCAGAGGGUGUGUCGUGCUGGGUCGAGGCGCACGAGGUGAAGCCCCCGCGCGUCCUCAAAUGAGAGGUCCGACGGCCAUCCAUGGAGCUGGCUGGCGCUGAAGGAGGAGGAGACGUGGUGGGUGGACUGCGGCUUUCGAUUCGAGAGGCCCUUGGCUCGCCGCCGUUGUGCAACAACGCACAGAGCACCACUACAUCGUCGCACAGGCAUGGGCUUGGCCGCAAGCCAAAGCCGCAAGCCACGGGACACUCACCGAGCCGUUACUAGAAUGUCUGUUGAGCCCGAGCGAUGCUGUGGACGGUGGCAGGGAGGUAACUCUGGCAAGGAGCGGCGUCUGAGCGAUGACUGAGAUGGGUGACGGGAAACCCCCCACACGCAACCGCGUCUCGUCUGCAACGACAAAGCACCAACAUGUCCGUCUCUGGGUACCUACUUCGUACCCUAGCAUAUAAAACGGUC